AUGUCUGCUCUCACUUCUACUGCUCGGUUAUCCCGAUCUCGACUGUUGCAGUCGGCAAAGACUGUCAGGACAAUUGCCACAGCUGGGGCUUACAGAUUGCCCGGUCCUUACAAUGAAGCAAAUCGCGACUUUGCUCGAGGCUCCCCCGAGAGAGAUGACCUCCUCCUAGCCCUCAAAGAGCUCCGGGGCAAGCUCCCAGUCUCUGUCCCCAACGUCAUCUCUGGCGAGAAGCGCACAUCCAGCGAACGUCUCCCAACACACAUGCCCUCAGAAAAGGACCAAACAUUUGCCCAAUACUCGCCUUCAACACGUCAAGAUGUCUCAGACGCCAUCAAUGCCGCCCUCGAGGCCAAGCAGCAAUGGCAGGACAUGUCCUUUUCCAAUCGGGCAGCCAUCUUUCUCCGCGCCGCAGACCUCGUCACUGGCAAGUAUCGCGAUGCUCUUCUAGCUGCGACAAUGCUGGGGCAGGGCAAGAAUGCCUGGCAGGCCGAGAUUGACGCUGCGGCUGAGCUGGCCGACUUUUACCGAUUUAACGUUUCGUUUGCGCAAAAGAUCUACGAGACACAGCCCACCAUCCAUUCUCCUGGACAGCACGGUCGAACCGACUGGCGACCCCUCGAGGGCUUCGUCUACGCCGUCUCGCCCUUCAACUUCACCGCAAUCGGCGGCAACCUCAUCUCAGCGCCUGCAAUCAUGGGCAACGUGGUCGUCUGGAAGCCGUCUCCCCACAAUAUCUACGCCAGCUACCUAGUCUACAAGAUCCUCCUCGAGGCCGGCCUCCCUCCCAACGUAAUUCAGUUCGUCAACGGCGACGCCGAGAUGAUAACCGACGUUGUCUUCAACGACCCCCGAUUCGCAGCCCUCCACUUUACCGGAUCCUCCGACGUCUUCCGAUCGUUAUACCAAAAGGCCGCCGACGGCAUCGGCAAGAAGGUCUACCGCGACUAUCCCCGACUUGUAGGAGAAACAUCCGGCAAGAACUUUCAUCUUGUCCACAACUCAGCCGACAUCAGCAGCGCAGUCAAGCACACGAUCCGCGCCUCGUUUGAAUACGCCGGCCAAAAGUGCUCUGCCUGCUCUCGUCUGUACAUCCCCGCCAGCAAGUCCAAGCAGUUCCUCGACGAGCUCAAGACGGAGCUGAGCAACGUCAAAGUCGGGGCCCCUGAAAAGUUUGAAAACUUUUACGGCCCCGUCAUUCACAAGGGUUCGUUCGACAAGGUCACCAAGGCCAUCGACGAGGCCAACAACGAUCCCUCUCUCGAACGAGUCUUUGGCGGUACAUACAGUGACAAGACGGGCUACUUUAUUCAGCCGUCGGUCUACCUCUCCAAGUCUGUCAACCACAAGAUCUUUGAGCAAGAGUUCUUUGGUCCUAUAUUGGCUGUCCACGUCUACGAAGACGCCGACUUUGACAACCUCCUAACAAAAAUUGACCAACAAGGCGGUGGUUUCGCCCUGACCGGCUCCAUCUUUGCCGCCGAUAGAACCAUUGUCCAAAAGGCCGAGGACAAGCUGCGAUACUCCGCCGGCAACUUUUACGUCAACUGCAAGACUACAGGAGCCGUUAUUGGACAGCAGUCAUUUGGAGGAUCUCGAUCGAGCGGUACCAACGACAAGGCGGGCAGUCCGAACCUGUUGAUGCGGUUCACGUCGCCGAGGACGUUGAAGGAGGAGUUUGGACCAUUGAAGAGUGUGUUGUAUCCUAGCAACAUGUAG